AUGGAUCACCUUGCGCGGCACCGCGAGUAUGCCAACGCCUUGACGGCGAAAUACCACGCUGCGACAGCGGACUGGCAAGUCACUCACCCCGAGGCCGCGAACCGCUUCCAAGAGUUCACGAAGCUCUGCAUGGCGGCCUCAGCUACCCCAGUGCUUGCUAUCGACCUCAUGUUGCUGCUCGCCAAGGCUCCCACGGCUGUGUUGAAGGCGCUCCAGAACCUGAGCAAGCACUUCCACAUCGAGGCCCACCUCAAGAAUGAGCUGCACGUGUCUGACGGCGGCGAGGACGCCGCCAUUUCCAUCAUGCUUCCUCAGGAGAUUCACGCGGCUCGUGAGACCGAGAUCGCCAUUCAAUAUGGUCCCGACCAUGCGCCGCACGUCAAGGUUGAGCAGAUGACUCGAUUCGGCGGCAUCGGAGACACAGACGCGAUCCAGCACCUGCCAGACUACGACAAGCACUACACUCACCUCGGCCGUCGCCAACAAGUUCUGCACAUCCAGUGCAACUUUCUCAUCCGCCAGCAGGUCCUCGUCGACAUCAAGCGAGACCGCUUUCCCAUCACGGCGUUCGAGAAGUCGUACGACUACUUCGUCAUGGAGUGGGUGCUCUCAGCUUACGACUUCUUGACAUCUCGCCACGCCGUCUUCAACAAGGCAGACAGGAAGCUCUACAACAAGGUCACGAAGCAGCUCCACAACUACGCCAAGACGCGCAAGUGGUUUGAGAUCGAGGCCAUGCGCGAUGAGGUCGAGCAGUACGAGAAGGAGUUGAAGGAGCAGAGAGCGCGGAAGGAGCUUGGGGGCUACGACAAGCACGCGAAGGCUGAGUUGGACCUCAACCAGCAGCUCGACAACUGUGAGACGGACUUCGAGGGAUUCGAGGCCAUCCGUGGCUUGGUCUUGGGCAGUCGUUGGGCUACUCUCGCGGAUAGUCGCAAGGAUGGGAACACUGUGAUGGAUGACGGAUGGUAG